UAGGAAGGAGAACUAGUUCACUAAUGGCAUGAUGCACUAAACCUGAUUGUGACGUAGCACUGUUUAUGUUUUGUAUUCGCGGUCGUGGGUUCGUACUUACCUCGUAUACGUGUAUCGUGUGUAAGAGUAGUGUACUUUACCUACAUACUUUUUAUUGCUGUGACCGCGAUUGUUGUAUUACUCAUUAUUAUUGUGAGAUUAUGUGCCAAGUACACAGUGCGUUUUGUUUAUCGUUGCAUUGGCGAUGCGUGUGCUCGUGUUGAUACGACUGUAUCCGAAGCAUUGAUUCGAUCAUUUCGUGAGAAGUUGUUGUGUUUUUUUUUUUUUUUUUUUUUUUUGAUAAAACUCGAGUUUGAUACGCGUGAAUUGUUUUAGUAAUACUGAACAAUAGUUGAAAUACAUCUACGUGUGCUGUGUUGUGUCUACGGAAAUGUAGCGUGGGAAUAUAUUACCAGGAUGUAUACGUUUUAAAUGCUGGGAAUUUGAUUAGAAAAAGAUCGACGUAGAUGAUCUCAUCUUCCAAGGCAGCUCUAUAAAAAAACAUCACGAUGAAUGAAAGACAUCUAAAGUUCCAUACAAAUCCUCCUUCGUUAUCGGAACUUGCUUCCAUCACCGCAGCCAUUGACUUUUGCCGGCAUGAAGUGAGUGUUCGAUGGGCAAGUGGGAGUAUUAGUCAAGUAUGCCAGCUGUUUAUGGCUUUUCCUGGAAAGCACAUCCCUUCGCUUCCGAGACGUAUCAGAGAAUUGAUUCGAUGUCAUAUUGAGCUGGUGCAGAGAGAAAUUGAAACCUGGAUUAAUUAUCAAUGUGAUCGGAUUUUCGAGAGCAGAUCGAUGAAGGCGGCCGAGUUCCUGAUCGAGUUCUUCGAUCGUAUUACGUGGUUUCAACCUGGUAUCAUCGACUACGAAAGGACUGCUGAAAAUAUGUUGGAGUGUGGUCGAUUGACGGAGUUGGAGAAGUACUCGGUGGCGUGUACGUAUUGCUUCGAAGAGGACGUGCUGAAAUUACGAGAGCUGCUGAAAGAAGGUAUAUGUCGCCCCAACAUAAUUUUUAUUCAACAUUCGUUACUGUAUUAUUGGGAAUAUCGAUUGAUCGACAAGAUUCCAGUCAUACCUAACAAUAUUCCUGAUUUCUUGGAUACCAGCAUCAUGAAUUGGCCGGCUGUCGACAACUGGCCAGCUAUCCGGUACUUUUUUAAUUAUUUAGACGAUCUCAACCAAACGUUCCAAGCUAAACAAAUUAUCGCUAGGUAUAUCGAUGGUAAAUUCACCCCUUUCAUCUUGGCCGAAUUGACUGAAGCGCAGUUUGAACACGUGGUCGCUGAAAUGGGCAGCGUAAUGAUGCUGAGGAUGAUAAAUAAUCCGAAGCUGAACGAUUACACGUUUCAGAUUUGGUUACAAGUCAGGCAUGUUAUGAAUCAAAGUCAAUUUUUCGAGAUGAUUCGAGGUAUUCUGAAUUCCAGAAUUAGGUACUCGGGCAACCUCACGAAUGAGGAAACUGUGUUACGUAUUCGUAUAUGGAGCACAGCCAAUGGUGUUCAGAAAGAAACAGCGAUAAGUGGCCUGAUCGAAGAACGUACUCCUUUCGAGUAUCGAGGAUGCUUGAAAAGGUUACCUCGAGAUCAGCGUUUCUUAUUGAAUAUCUUGGCAGAUGCCAGUUUUGAGCAGCGAAAUUUUAUAUGGAGGCAUAACUGGCUGAGUUUAAUUUAUGGCACGAAUGUUCACUCAUUGGAGCAACUGAUGGGCUUGUGUUUGAAGAAUGCAGAGGAAGUGGUCAUGUUCAAGGAACAAGUUUUAAUGAACUUUUCCAAUAUCGAAAAAUACUGCUUGGAGUUAGCCGAAGAGAGAUUGUUCGACGAAUUAAACGAAUUCUUGAGAUUUUGCUGCUCGCCUCAUCCAGAGCAAGUACCUCAUUUUAAGAAACAAAUCUUAGAAUCUUGUUUUUUGGGCGAAAAUUCCAAAAUUAAUUAUCAUCUUUUACGAGAUCUCCAUCAACUAGAUAAGUUUAUCGGAGAAACAUUCCAAGAUGAUAAUUUAGCUGCUAAUUUUAAAAAACAGAUGGUCGUGUUGCCCACUAAUGUAGAAUUCAUCCAAAGCGUUGUUCUAAAUGGAGAUCUCCGUCUGGUGAAAAAUCUAUUUAGUUUGUUCCUUUCGACAGAGCCUGAUUUAAAAUGGAUGAAAUGCCAGUUCUUAGAUCUCUGUCGUAGUUCGUUAUCUAGCGAUAAUUUUACCAAGUUUGAAACUCGCGAGUGGCAAGAUUUUAUCGGUUGGUGUGCCGGAAACGAACAAAAAGUAAAAGAAUUUAAACGAUCGAUACGUUUAGACGAUGUUUUUGAGACCGUAUUGACCAGAUGUUUCGAAUUCCAAAGUAUUACCCAUUGUUGUAGUGCUACAAAGUGCGAUAACGAUAUGAGUUUUUAUAAUUUGCUGAAUAAUUUUUUACUGUGGUAUUUCGGUUGUGUUGAGGAAAUCAAUAGGUUUAAGUUGAAUAAGAUCGGAAGAUAUGACGAAAUAAGAAUAUUGACGAGAAUUUUUGCUGAGGGAAGCGAGUGUUUUAUUGAUAGUUUGCUCCAGUGGUUUUUCAACUCCGAUAAUGAAGCAAUAGAGAAAUUUAAAACGACGUUUAAGAAAUCGAGGAAUUCAUUUUAUUAUUGAGUUGUGACUUUUGUGUUAAGUUGGUAGCAUGUACCAAAGAUCAAAACUAUGUUCUGCCUUUGCCUAUCUAAUUUACUCGGAAUCGAUGGGGUAACUGAACAUCUCGUGCUUGUUCAUUGUUCUUGACAUCAUAGGUACAGAAGUUUCAAAAGUUUUGAAAAUUAUUGAAAAAACUUACAUAUGUACAAGGCAGGUACAUAGGUACCUAUCUAAACAGUCUGAAAACUUUUUGUUACUAGAUAAAUCUAAAUCGAAAGAACAUGUGCAAGCACAUCAACAGCCAAAAUUUCAGCGAUCAAAGUACAUUUUUCGAAUUUUUGUGAAUUUUUAAACAUCGAAUUUGGGCUAAAAAUGUACCAAAAAAAUCAAAAUUUCACCUAAUUGACUUAGAGAGCUGAAAUUUUGUUUGUACCCUAUUUCUGAUCCUAAUUAAAACAUGCUGAAUCGAAUAAAGGGCACAUACAAAAUUUCAGCUUUCUUGGUCAAUUUUUCAAAAUUUUGUUUUUUUUUGUAAAAUUUUCAACUCAGAUGUGAUUUUCAAAAAUUCACCAAAAAUCAAAAAAUGGUCUUUAGCUUCUGAAAUUUUGUCUUGUGAUGUAUUUUUUGCGUGAUCUUUCGUUUUAGCGGUGUUUGGUCCAGAAAAAUUUUCGCUGUUGGGAUACCUCUCUUGUUAAUCCUGAUUAAUCCUUUAUUUAAUAUGGGAUUAUUGUUCUCAGUAAAUGUACAUAUUUUUCGAUGAUGUCAUGGUAUCAUCUCCAAAAUUGAAGGAGGUGAUUAGUAAUUUUUAGUAGGUACCUAACACUUCUGUCUCUUGCUCUUUCAGUUUUUUUUUGUGUUUUCGAAUAGACAGAGGAGAAAUGUAGGUACUGAAUAAGACUGUGAGGUGCAAUUUUAAUCAUAUGUACCCUCAUUUGUGAAUUAUACCUACGUGUUCAUUUUAUAAGAUUUAAAAAUAUUUAUGUUCAUUUUUUAGAUUAUCUACUUUUCCAUUUUAUAAUUACUUGUUGUAAGUAUGUACUAUGUACCUACAUAUCUAUGUGAAUACCUAUCUAGGUAUAAUGUGAAUUCGCGCAGUUCGUUUUUAGAUUUUUUUGUUUUAAUUUAUCAAGCAACUGAUUUAUUUUAGUAGCAUAAGUAUUUAUUUACGUCUUUGUUUUGAUCACUUUCUACUCGUAGUUCAAUUGGUUUACCUAUACAUGUUUUGAUUUAAUUACCUAUUUUAAACUUUGACGUUCUCAUAUGUUGGAAACAAAAUGCCAGACAGUAAUAUGUAUUUCUCUCUCAUAUUUGAUGUGAUAAUUUUUAUUUUAAGUAGAAGAAAUUUUAUUUAUUCUCACUAACUAUGUAAACAAGUAAUGACUUUAUGUUGAUCUCAAAAAAUAUAGACGCAAUUUUCUGUA